AUGGUCCAUUCUGGAUUCUCAAAAAAUCCAGCUAAUAUUGUCAGAGAAGCUAGAAAGUAUUUAGCUAGUCAUCAGCAGAUAAACGAUGCACAUGUUGUGUUUGCGGAAGGCCAGAAUUUUGGUGUUGGAGUUGUUAUCAGAGAUAGCAAUGGUAUUUUUGUGGCUGGUAUGGCCAAGAAAAUUGUUUCCAGAGGGCUGGACGCAGAAAUCACUGCUAUGAAGGAAGCUAUGCUUUUUGCUCUUCAUCAAGGAGUGCAAUAUGUUAUUCUGGAAGGGGAUUCAAUCAAGCUUUGA